AUGGAAGAGAAUAGAAUAUGCGAAAGUAUAGAGUCAUCUAUUGAUAGCAUAUUAUUUAAUGUGCUAUCGGCGGGGAAAGAGAAAAGUAAAAAAACGUUAGAAGAAAUAGAAGAGAUACAAAUAAGUAAUGAAAGAAAUAUGAAAAAUGAAAUAAAAGAAUAUGAAAUAGUUAGUAAGUUAAUAAAUGAAAGAAUAGAAACUCUUCCAGAUAUAAUAAGUCAUUUUAAGGAUUCAAUAAAAAGUAUAUUAAAUGUAGAUGAAGAGGAUUUACCAUUAUACAGUAAUAAGCAGGUAGAGAAUGCUGAUAGUAGUAAUGAUAUAAUAAAAGACAGUAAUGAAUGGAGCAUUAUUAGUAAGCACAACAGUGGUGAAUGUUAUAGCAGUAGCCGUAAUGGGGAUAAAAUCAAUAAUAACAAUAGCACAGAGGGGAAUAUGCAUUUGGAUCUAAUGAAAAACAGUUUUAUCUAUGGAAAUAAUACUAAAAAUAUUAUAGGUAAUGAUCAUAUAAGCAGAAUAGGUAAUGAUAAUAUAAGCAGAGUAAGUAAUGAUAAUAUAAGCAGAGUAAGUAAUGAUAAUAUAAGCAGAGUAGGUAAUGGUGAUAUAAGCAUCCAAUUUUUUGGUAUAAACGAGCUCACAAGUGAAAGAUUAACAACGUCAUUGUCUAAUGUGGGAAAGGAAGCACAAGAAGAAGCCGUACAUAUUGAUGCGGCUCAAGUUGAAAAGGAGGAGGAAGUCACUUCAGGUGAGAGGAACCAUUCCUUUGACGCUUUAUAUAAUAGAGGCUUUUCCAAAAUUAAUAUAUCACAGUUAAAAAAUAAAAUUGAAAAACAACGAUUGACCCUAUCAGAUAUGAACCAUUAUACCAUGAUUAACAGCCUAAACGUUAGCAAUAAUGCUUUAAGAAAAUUGUCGAAUAGUGAAGGUUCUGUACUAUUAAAAAAUAAGGAGAACCAUUCAAUACAUAACACAUUAUAUUUAAUGAAGAGAAACAAUAAUGAGAUUAAAGUAGUACAUGAGAGAAAAGCGAUAACCCAUUCAACUGGAAAUGAGAAAGAUAUAGAAAUGCAGAUAAAUGCAAAUUUGAAUAAUAGUAAUGAAAUAAAGAGAGAUGAUGAAUGCACGUUGAGCAGUGAUGUGCAGGGUUUGCUUAGUUCAAAUAGGAAGAAGUUGGAAGAGGAUUUUAUUUUAAGGAAAUCAAAAGGGAAUGCUAAUAUUGGUAGUAGUAGUAGUAGUAGUGGCAGUGGCAGUGGCUUCACUGGUGAGGAGGACAAACAUUUAAGUAAUUGCGUUAGAUUUUUGGAUAAUAUAAACGAAACUAACGACAAAACAUCAAAUUUACAAAUAUCGUAUGAGAAAAAUAAUAGUAGUAGUUGUAGUAGUUUGAAAAAAAUGAAAGAACAUUUUGGUGAAAUUGAUUUAUUAUACGACUUGAAGUCCUCAUCUAUAUCAGUAAAAGGAAAUAAUAACAAAUUUUUAAUUCAAAGUAGUAAUUCCAAAGAGUUUAACAAAAUGACAACGAGCGAUGAUGAAUACUACUUGAGCAGUAGUGCACAAAUGAUAGUAAGUAAUGAAGCUGAAAAAAUGGAUGGGUGUGUGGGAGUAAACAAAGUAAACCGAAUGGAUUCGCAUUACUUUUCCUAUGAGAGGGAGGAAGAGGGUCAUAUGCAGGAAGAAGUGGGUGAUAGAGAAGAUAUGGAACACAAUGAGGAACAAAUAAGGGGAAAAACAAGAAAAAAAAAAAAAUUUAUAGAAACUGGAAAAGAGAGUAAUGAUAUAAUUCUGGGAAAUGGAACGGAAGAAAGAAGGAAGGACAGUUUAUUCCUUAACAACAUUCAGAGUAGUAAUACAUCAUGUAAAGAGAAUAGUUAUAGCAGUCUUAGCAAUGAUUUAUUACUGCACAAUAAUAUAAGCAGUAUGUUGUAUUAUAGUGAGAACGAAAUAUUAAACUAUACGGUUAAAAAAAGAUAUUCAAGUAAGGUGAAAAAUGUAGUUAAUGUGAGAGAAGUUUUACUAAGAUUUACAAAGGUUCGGAUAGGAAAGAAUUUCAAAGGAAUGAUUGAAAAUUAUGAGAAGUUCUACAUAUGCUAUUGUGUUCCAGUUACCUACAAAACUCUACCUAACAGUAGUAUAUAUUGUCAAAAAAGGGGACAAAGUUUAAAUGCACAUUUUUUGAGAAGUUCAAAAUUAAUAGAAAAAGAUUUGAAGCGUGCAGAUAUAAUUGAAAAAAAAAAAAAAAAGCCUUUUCAGAAUGGUGUUGGUAAGAGCGAUAAAAUUAUGAGUAAGUACAGAAAUUUCACAGGAAAUAGAAGGAGAAAUAUUUUAGAGAAGGAUAGAGUUAUAUAUGACAAUUGUCAUGUUGAAAGUAAAAAUAUUGAUAACAACAUCAUUGAGUUUUUGGAAGAUGUAUACCAUAAGGUGAAUAGUGAUAUUUUCGAUCAAGUAGAGCACAUCCCAUUUUUGCUGUGCGCUGUGGUUGAAAAAAGGGGAUUAGGGAAAGCGCCAUUAGUGGGAGCGCUAGGAGUGAGUGCAGCGGGGGUAGGUACAAAAGUGGAGGACUCGACUUCCUGCAUGCUGAAGCAGAAAAAUAGAAACAUUGUGAAGCUGUUGAACUACCCAUUUAUUAUCCCCGAUAAUUGUGAAAUACUUGGAUUUGCCGAAAUUCCCUUUAUCCCUAUGCCGAAUAUAGAAGUACAAAUAAAAGAAUUGACUAUGUCUAAUAAUUACAUCUCUGAUUUUAUUAAGGGCUCUUUUGUUUUAUUUUAUUUAUAUUUAAAUAUAUUUGAAAAGGAAAGAAAUGAACAAGAUAUUGCUCAUGAUAAAAGGGCAUUAGUGAUUGGUAGUAAAGUAUUAGAUGCAUGGGUUUUUAGUAGUUGUUAUGAAGGUAUUCAAACUGAUGGUGAUAGUAACGAAUUUAAGUACAUCUCUUGUGUUGAUGGCACCCAUAAAGGGGGGAAUUACAAUAGUGAAGGACUUAAGAAGGAAGACGGUAAUGAUUGUACUGGUAGUAGCAGCAGUAGUAGCAGUAGUAAUAGUAAUAAUAAUGUUCAUCUCCUUUCUGAUUUAAUAGAAGAGGGGCAUGGCGGAGUUAGCGAAUGUUCGAGACUACCAGGCAAAUUGAAGUGCAACGAAGGGGAGAAUAACACUGUAGUAGGGUCAGUGAAAGAUGUGGAAGUAGAUGAAGAAAAAAAUGAUAUGAAAGAUAAAAAGGAUGAAGCGAAUAGGAACGUCAUCCAAGUUAACGAAGUCAGCCAAAUAAACCAAAUCAACGAAGUAAAACAAAUCAACGAAGUAAACCAAAUCAACGAAGUAAACCAAAUCAACGAAGUAAACCAAAUCAACGAAGUAAACCAAGUAAGCGAAAUCAGCGAAGAAGGGGAGGAAGUGCUUUACAUAUACAUAGACAAGAUUGUAAAUUUGUCCAAGAGAGUUUUCGAAAAUUUGUCUAUAUGUGUAAGAUUUUAUAAAGAUGAGAAAUAUUCGUAUAAAAGUUUCAUCUUAAAAGAGGAAAAAUUCUUUGACAUAUUACUAUUUUCUAAAAGAAGGUUAAAAGAUAUACAUGAAGUAAUUAUAGAAAUAUGGUCCGAGUGUGAGAGGAAAGAAGGGAAAGAUUGUAUGGGUAUAUUAAAAAUAAACAUUAAAGAGAUUAAAGAAAAUAAGAAUAUUAUGUAUUUAGAAAAAUAUUUAGAAUUAACAUUCCGAUUUUAUGAUGAUAUUAAUUUCAUGUUCAGAAUUAUUUUACUUAGAGGACUAAAACAUAUAUAUGAUAAUGUCAUGCAAUUUUGUAAGGAAUAUAUUGAAAAUAAUGAAACAGAUGCAAGGAAUUUUUUAUUAAGUGAAGACACUAAUAAUAGAUGUGAUUCAAAAGUAGGUUCUUUUAAUUCACAUCUAGGAAUAAGUGAUUCGGGUUCUUUUCUAUCCCUAAACGAGCAGUAUUUUAUAUAUGAUGAGGCACACAUAAAUAAUAAUGAAUUUUAUAUGUACGAAAUACAGAGGGAGAUACUGAGAAGGGGUAUCCGCAGCAGCACAAUCGUUAAUAACAUUUUAUCCAGGAGAGAAAGCAGGUGUGUUGCGUCAGAUGUAGGUGUAGGUCAUGAUAAUGGCUACAGUGGUAACAGUAGUCACAGCGGUAACAGCGGUAACAGCGGUAACAGCGGUGGUAAUAGAGAUGAUGAUAGCGAGUGCGAUAACUUUUCAGAGGUGCGUGAAUAUGCAGUGCGCAGUGAUGUCGGUGCUAAAGCAGGGGGAUAUGAAACAAACAAAUGGGAUGCACCUGCGGAUGGAAGCCGUACUAAUUUCCUCAAAAUCGAACUGAUUAAAGAAGAACUGCUGCUAUGCGGCAUGGGGGAAAGCACUGUUGAUCUGUUAGUAGCCGACUUGAUGAAGUGUUCCAUUAAAAAGAACACUGAAUAUGUAUUGAAGAACAAUCUUGAAGAGUACAUAAAUAAAAUAUAUGAUAAGUGGGAAAAGCUAUCAAAUAAAUUAUUUUUAAAAAAUAAGAAAAAAAUGGGUUUAAAUGAUAUAUGUGAAUAUUUAGAUGGGUUAUAUCUAGAUGAUGAUAGUUAUUUAAGUAAGGAAGAUUUUUUUUUAUUUUUUCAAGAUGUGGGUAUAGUUUUUGUUGAUUCUACAGUAUUUGAUGAGUUGUGUUUAUUAUUUUAUGAUAGAGAAAAAGAAGAAAUACAUUUCUCUUUAUUUUCUUCUUUGAUUAUAAAAAAAGGAGUAGAGGAAUUAAAAAAUAUGGUAUAUGGAUAUGACAUUUUGUUAAAAUUUUUUGAAUUUUUAUGUGUUCAUAAUAUUACUGUUGAAUAUUUAGAAAAUGAAUUAUUUAAAAUUAUAUUACAAAAAAAAAAUUAUUAUUCUGAAAAAAUAAAAAAAAAUAUUUCUACUAAUGUUUUGAUGGAUUCAAAUAUUGAUUGUACUAAGCCAAAUGAAAAUAUAAUAAAUUUUUUAAAAAAUGACGAUAAUAUAUGUUCAUGUACGUCUUUACUUUUUCUUCAUUCCAUUCGUUUUAUUUUAAAAAAAUAUAAUAAUAAUGAUUUUACAACAUACGAUUUAUUUUUUUUAGUUAAAUAUUUAGUGCAAAGUCAACACAAUUACAUUAUUCCAGAUAUGUACAUUUUUGUUAACGUUAUUAAAGGGAUAGAGAAAGUGAAUAUAACCUUCUUCUUGUGUCUAUAUUAUAUAUAUAUGAGUCAACACCAGUGGAAUAACUACAAAUGUGUACGUGAUAAGGAAGAAGUGGUUAAUGUAGGUAGUGAAAAAGAAGUAGACACUGUGGUUGAAGGGAAAAAAUCAUUUUACAGGAAUGAUAUUAUUAACGUUCACAAGUAUAAAUUAAAAACAGAUAAGUACGUCAAUGGUGUGAACAAGAAGAGGGGGAAGGGUAGUCACUUUGGCAAUAGCGAACCACGCAAAUAUAAGUGUAAUCAUGUAAAGAGGGAGGUAGACGCAAAGGGGGCACGCCUGAUUAGCGGUGUGAGCGCAAUGAACGGUGUAGAUGGUGUACCUUCCAAAUACAAUGACAAUAACGACUCUCCUUUGUCAUCUGUAGACUCCUCCGAUGGUUCAAACGAUGAUAUGUCCGAAAAUGAAGGAAUAAGGAACGAAACUAACGAAAAUGGUGUAGAUGUAAAUGAACAAAGAGACGAAACUGGCUUGGUCAAUAGCUACUGCUACAAAGAAAGGGAGGCAGAACGAAAGGAAAGAUCAUAUAUAAAUGAUAUGGAACAUAUGGGUAAAAAAGAAAAGCUAACCAUGUGUAUGCUAAAAAACAAUGAGAAAGAUUGUAGCCCCUAUGAAGAGGAUACAAACGAUGGGAAAAACACUGCUCAAAGAAGCCGCAAUUCUGGUAAGGGGAAAAUGACAUUACUAAUAAGAAAGGGAUAUGCUAAUAUGAAGAAAAAUACUGUAAGACGAAAUAGUGAACAACGUUUUCAAGAUUGUGAUACAAUUAAUAGUAAGGAGUUAUUGUAUCAUAUGGGCAGAUCAUCCUCCAUAGGUGGGUGUGGUGAGAAGGAGGAGGAACAGGAAGUGGAAGUGGACAAAACGGAAGAUAAGAAGAAAAGUAUUCACUGGUGUAAGCCCAGCUUUACGAACUAUAAAUCUGAUAGGAAUAGGAACUUACAAUAUGCAGAUAAUGCAUGUACCUCGGAUGAGCAUUCACAUAGAUAUGUUGAUGUUAAAAAGGCUAAUUGUGAGAACAGAAGAAUAUUUUCGCACUAUUACGAUAACAAAAAUAGAAAAAAUAGAAAAAAAAGAAAAAAAAGAAAAAAAAAUUUAAUCAUGUAUAGAAAAGACAUACAAAAGGGCGUGAAACAGGGACUGAUCAUUUUGCAUAGUCGAAUUGUUAGCGGUUUGAGUAGUGUGGAAUGUAUAUCUGAGUUGUUAUAUAAUUAUUUCAAGGGUACAAAUAGAGAAAGAAGAAAAAAGAACAAUAAAAUAGAAGUGUUAAAACUGUUCGAUCAGAUUGGUCUCUACAUAUCGUACGAUAUUGCAGUGGGUAUAUUAAAAUGGUAUAUAAAACAGACAGGUGCAAAAGAAGGAGAUGAAAAGGGUGUAAACUUAUCUACAAAUGGUGUGAACCAGUGCAAAAAGGAAGUGGAUGAUAAUGAUGAUGAUAGUGAUAGUGUUAGCGGUAGCAACAGUAAUGAUUUUAUCAGUGGAGGAAUUUCACAUUACACAGUUAGAACCCAUAUAAAUAAUAUUAACAGAAUUGUCCACAAAUAUUCAUUUGAUGAAACCAUUGGAGGUAUUAUGUUUUCUGGUAGUGCCCUAGAAUGUUUUUUUACCUUAUUAAAAGAAAGAAAUAUAAAUAUAAAUAUAUUUGCUAAGAAGAAUAUUUUUACCUAUACUGAUUUUUAUAACGAAAUAGAUAAACUCAAGUUGACAUUUUCAAAAAAUUAUGUACGCCUUUUAUUUUGUAAUUUAUUAACAUAUGAUCUAACAUCCUUUAAUAGUUUGAAUAGCAAGCUGAUUUUUUUUGACUCUAUUGAGGAGUACUGGAUGAAUUGGAAUAAAUUAAAUUUUGAGUUCUAUAAUGCACCAAGCGUUGAAGCGAAGAUAAGCAAUCCACGGCUCAUGCUGAAUGAUGUGAGGAGAAAGAGAAAGCAGUUGGCCAUGUGUAGCGGUGGGGAAUGCAGCAAUGAGUUGAAUAGCAAGAGCGUAACUAGGUUGUGCCACUUCUUUCCGCCUAGUAAUGAAUCACUCAUAAGCAAGAAGAACUCCAUUUUGAAUAAAAGAAGAAGUACGAGUAUGCAAAACGUUAACUUGUACGAUUUUUUUUUCUUACCAUUAUAUAGCUUGUUCUUUUACUUUUCUGAGAAGGAAAUGUUGGGAGGAAUUCAGUUAAUAAAAUAUUUUUUUAUGAACAUAUUCAGGUAUGAAAUAAACUCGGUGAAUAUAAAUGAUUACAUGAAUAAGUAUUAUACUUUUUAUGAUUUUUUUCAAAUGUCCAAGGACAUGCUAUUGUACAACUACAAGCAUAACGAUGACGCUCUCUUUAGGGAGGAUUUUCUAAGGUUGAUUAUACUCGUGAACAGAGGUCCUAGCAAACGCAGCAGUCGAAGUAGCUACAGCAGUUGCAGUAACCGUAUACACCGUAGCAGUAGGAACGGAAAAGGGGGUGGGAAAGGAAAAGGGAAAGGGAAAGGAGUGGAGUCAUCAUCUAGGCUUCAAACAUUAGUACAAAAAAAGAGUCAUACGUUUUCAAAAAAUUUUAAAAAAAAUUUAAGCGUAAUAACGAGAGAUAUAUUAAGUCUAGAAACAAAUAUAGUAAGUGUGUCUAGGUCCAUAUUUGACAUUCACCAGAGGAUAGAUAUGCAUAAUGGUAGUGGCAUCCACCACUACAACAAUAGUUACAGUGAUGGUAUGCUUCUCGACUCGGAAGGACACACGCAAAACAAGGAUGACGUAAUAUUAAAUUUUUUUAAAAAGAACAGAUAUGUAGUAAAAUAUAUGCGUGAAUACUUUUACGUCUUCGUUUUUUUUAGCAAAAUUAUGAGUAGCCGUGGCAGUAGUUGCAACGGUAAUAAAAGCAGUUCUUCUCAUUUGCAUUUUAACCAAAAGAAAGGUUUGCUAUACCUGAAGAAGUUAAAGGAAUACACUUUUCAAAAAAUGGCUAUAGUAAUGAAAGGAGAAGAGAUGAGUGACCAGUUAAGCUGCGCACCACGUGGACGUGAAUGUGAACUUGAACAUGUACAUGUGAAUUCAACUUAUGAAAAAAAGUGGAAGAACGCGUUAAAUUACUUUCCGUUUUUGUAUCAAGAAGUGUACAUAUGUUAUACAGCAGAAAAGUUUACAAGGAGGGAAUAUAUGUGUGUAAUUUAUCCCUAUCUUCUACUUUUAACAGAUUUUACCAAAAAAGUAAUUCACAUUUAUGAACAUGAGUAUGUACAAUUCAUAAAUAAAAUAUUUAAUUUUGAUUAUUCUAAAAGAAGUAAUCGCAUUUUGUUUUUACAUCGAAUUGAAAAUAUUAUGACCAGGUCAGGAAGUUUCGAUUCAAAGGAAUGGAACAAGAUAUACAGCAUGUUUGAAAUAUUUGACAUACAGGCAAACACAUUUUUUUUAAAUCUUUGCAAUAUUUUAGAGGAGCACAAUUACAUUUUGUCAAAUAUUAACGAUAAAAUAAUUUUCAAUGAUAGCAGAAAAAGCUUAUGGUUCAUUUUCGAGGAGAGCAGCGGUGAUGACACAACUGAUGAUGAGUACAUGAAUGACUACUGUGCCAGUAAUGAGGGGGAAAUAACAAAGAAAAGCAUAAGCAGGAUGAGCAUAAGCGCGCGAACGAAAAAGAGAAGAAAGGGGAAAUCCCCUUUAAGUAUAGAACAGAAGAAAGACCUUUUUAUAAAAAAUUUAAAAUACUUUAUUUGCUUUAACAGUGUGGUGCUGUAUGAUUUAUCAGGGUACAAUCAACAAUAUAUACACAACUAUAUUACGAAGGACAAGAUGUUCAUAAAAUAUAUUUCCCAGUUGUACAUACGAAUACUAUUCAAUGAAUGUAUAUCAACGGGAUUAAAUAUAAAUCGAUUAUUUAGAAAUAUAAAAACAAAGAGUUCAUUUAUUAACAUUUUGUCGAAAAAUUUUAAUCAUAUAUUUUCUGAAUAUGACAUUGAUAUAUUUGCAAAAAAAUAUUCAUUUGUUGUAGAUAUGUCAUCCCUUCAUUUGAGUGCUUAUCAUAAUAUUAUAUCAUCAAAAGAUUUUUUAAAAGACCUGUACAGACAAGGUGAAUAUUAUAAUGCACAAUUAAAAAAGAAAUUAUUUGAAUUUUUUUUAAAAAAUAGUUAUGUUUUUUUAAAAAAUUAUGAGGAUAAAAAAGAAAAUCAGCAUUUAAUAUCUUGUGAUAAUUUUAAAAAUAUAUUAUCUGUUAAUGGAAUUUUUUUAUCAUGGGCAGAGUUAUAUGACUUUUUCCAACCCCUCAACAAGUAUUGUGUUAUUUAUGAUUAUAAAAAAUAUGAUUGUAAUAAGACAGGAAAGCCAAGUCCAUAUAUAUUGAAGGCAUAUAUUAAUGUAUCAAAUUUGGUUAUGAUAGCGGAUAAAUUAUACACACAAGGCGAAACGUUGGCAUAUGAUCAGGAAAUGAAAAAAGAAAAGGGGGUACAUAAUAACGAUACACAGUGGGUGUACAGUAAGGAGUUGGUAACAGUUCCUAGUAGGAAUAUACAAGUAGAAGGAUAUCGAUCUGAUGAACAAUAUCUUGAGUUAGACAGUCAGAAUGGAAAAACGCAUGCGUACAAUGGUGUGAAAGAGGAAGAAGAGCGAGAAGGAAAAAAAAAAGUAGUAGAAAUUAAAGAUAUUAAUGUUAAAAAUGUAAAAUAUGGCGUAGCAUGUGUAGAUUCGUACCAUAACAACAUGAAUAAAAAUAAUGAUCGCUUCUUUACAAAAUUGAAAGUGUAUGAUAAAAAUGAGGAGCUACAAAAAAGUGGACACUCAAAGGAGAACAGAGAUAAAGAAGUUGAGCAAAGUAGAAGAGUAAAGAAAAAUACAUCUCUUGUGUUAAUGAAUAAUAAGGAAGAUAAGAUGAAGAAGCGGCACAGCGAAUCGUCCCCAAAUUACGUAGUUAGUAGGGGAGAAGGACGAGAAAAAAAACAAUACUGCAUAUUGCACAGGGGAGAGUACGUGGAUGUAGCUGACACAAUGGAAUGUAUUAGCACAAGCGUACGGGGAAAAAAGGACGAGUAUGUAUACGCCAAAUAUAGCAAAUUUACAAACAUGCAUUCGAAUUUGUUUAAAUCGUCAAGUAAUUUUUAUUAUAAUUUCAGCUUUAACACUCUGACAUUGGAGAGAGUAUUAUUUUUGUUAUUUUUAAAAAUGAGUAAUUUAAUGAUAAAGAGAAAAUUAAAAUAUGAACAUAUAUAUUUUGGCAUAAAGAACAUACACGAAGAACAUAUUAAAAAGAAGGAAAUGAAAAAUGCUUGUGCACUGUUGUUAAACAUGGGAGGAACAGAACUAGACGAUAUAAUUCCAGAUGAUUUUAUUUUAUAUGAAAAGGAUUUAAAGAAUGGGAUUCACUUGAACGUUUUUUGUCUAAGGAAAUGGUGCAGCACACUGUUUGAUGGAGUAGAAGGGAAUUUUUAUGAGGGGCAUACAACUGAGCGGUUCUUAUCAGAGGGACAUUGUUCUCCCUCUAUUUCCAUACGUCGUUUUGUUCUUUUUUUCGAAAGAGAAAAAGGAGAUAUAACCUUUUCGAACUACCAUUUUGUAUACAAUUUUGCUUAUGAAUGGGUGAAUUAUAUGAACAUAAAAAGUGAGUACAUAUGCAGAGAAGACUGUGAAAAUUUGUUGAGUAAAUUCUCACUGGAUGAUUUUGGCAAGAACGUCAGGAAGAACAGGGUGCAGCAUGUCGAAGCAGGGGGAGAAUCGGGAGAAGAAGUUGAAAUAUUUCAAAUAAAGGAUGACACAAUAGGGCAGAAUCAUUUAAACGAAAAGCAGAAUGAACCGAGUGGCGUGCAUCAUAAGGGGAGGGAACAUAUACAAAGAGGAGCGAUAGAUGGGAAAGAUGUCUUUCCUACCAUCUUGAAAAAUAGUAUUAUGGAGGGACAAAGUACACCUAGCGUUCACAUGAUAAGAGAGAAUGAAAAGGGGAAAGAGACAGGAGUAGAAAUAGGCCUAGAAGCAAAAAUAGCGGAAGAAGUAGCGUCUAAGGGUGGAGAUGACGCAUUGUAUAACAUAGUUUUCCGGGAUGAAAUGACGAAGCUGUUUGAAAAAAACAUAAAGGGGAAAUGGAGGAGAAUACUGUUACCCAUAUUCGACUUAAAGGUAUUUUAUUUGCAUCAUUUUAAAAUAAUGAUCCAGGAAUUUACUGGUGUGAGUAAAUUCAUCCGGAAAAUAACAAGCAGUUGUGAGGAAAGAAAAGGGGAAGGAGAAGGGGUAAACAAUUCAAAAAAAGAAAAAAGAAGACAAAGAGAAGAAGGAAUAUUUUCCUUAAGCUACUUUUGUUGCUUCGGGAUGCAGGAAAUUCGUAUCAAUAACAUUUUAAGUGAAAAAGGUAAAUACACAAAUGAGGAUAAAAAGUACAGUGAUAUAUCAUGUGUCAAUUAUGCACUUGAACACAAAUUUUCAACAAUAAGAGAAAAGGAUAUAUUGACACUAUUUGAGAAGAACAAGGAAGUUUUAAAUUUAGAGUUGUUCUAUAAUGAUAAGAAAGUAGCUGAGUCAGGUUUACAUAUUUUGGAGUUUUUUUCAAUUAUGAAAAGUAGAGUAAACAAGGAUCAUAAGAUUCUAUGUUUUGUACCAUUAAAUAAAGAAAGUGAUAGAGACAUUUUAUUUUUAGAUGUCGAUAUAUACUAUCAGAGGAACAAAAUGUUUUCUAAUUUACCGAUUUUUGAAACUAAGCAUGGUCAUGUUAUUAAUAAAAAUUGUAAUAAUUUAGAAUAUAUGGAUAAUACAAAUAGCAGCCAAGUAGAACCGGUCAAGCUCAUAAAUCACUCUUUAAAAAAGGAUGUUUUUUCAAAAGAGAGAGAUAUGCCAUUGAAAAAGAUGAUAAAAUUUGAAGAGGAAAUUUUGACUGAGCGUGGUGUACACCAUCGGACGAUAAGUAGUGAAGAUAAGGAUAGAAAGAGGGCAUAUUGUAGUUGUUUAUCACAUUGUACAGAGUUCCAUUGUAAGGAGCUCGUGCAGAUAGGUGGAGAGAGUAAUAAUGGAGAGUGCAAAAAGAAAGCACUUUUUUCGCUUCAGAAUAAUGCAGUGAAGAAAAAUUAUAGUGGUGAGUAUGUGUUGAUGACAAAGGGUAAGCAGGUAAUACCAACAUUGAGGAAAAGUAUUUGUGUUGAUGGGGAAGAGAAAAAUGGUUACUACUGCUGUGCAGAGAAGGGAAGUUUGCAAGAUAAAUACAAACUGGAAGUUGGUAAAGCGGUAGAAGGAAGGGGGAACAUUGUAGCGGGUAAAGGCAGCCACAGGGUGAGCAUCAUCAUCAACCGCAUAACCAUACCUGUGUAUUUGCUGAACACACUGAGCAGGAAAUUUAUGGAACGGAAGGGAGUGAAGUGUACGAAGGGAGAUAAAAAAGGGGUGGCAUCUAACGAAGUGGUAGGGUCUAACGAAGAAAUGUUCAUCGCAAUGUACGUAGAAGUAUAUGAAAAGAUAGAUGAGGAGGGAAAAGAACAAAAAGAAAAGUAUGAACUACUUUCAUGUUCAGUUCCAAAAAUAGUUAGUUAUAAUGAGGAGUUCCUUCUUCCCAAUGAUAAGAUUGAGAAGAGCGCUGCUUCGUGCAGAGGUGCAUCAUACGGAGGUAAAUCGUACAAUGGUGCUGCUUACAUAUCGAGUGGGUCCCACAAUAUCGACAAUAAGCAGAAGAGCAGCGAAGGUGGUCCUUCCUAUAGUCCAUCGAAUGGACCUGCAAACAAUGGGAACCACUAUAAUUCUGGGGUGGAUGCAAAACAGAAAUUUGCCAAGAAGCAGGCUUAUGAGGUAUCGUUGAAUAGGCAAAAGAGUUAUUGGGCAGAUAAAGCAGCUGCAGCUGCAUCGUCAGGAAAAUUCCAGGAGGGAGUACAUCCUGUGGUUUCCACGGGAAUAGGUAAAGAUGGUGAGAACAGUCCAAAUGGACAAAGCGAACGGAAUGAUCUACAAGAUCCGAAUUGUCCGAGUUGUCCAAAUGGGCGAAGCGAACGGAAUGAUCUACAAGAUCCGAAUUGUCCGAGUUGUCCAAAUGGGCGAAGCGAACGGAAUGAUCUAAAAGAUCCGAAUUGUCCGAGUUGUCCAAAUGGCGAAAUAUCUCACCCCUCUCAGUCAGUGAGAAGAGGAAGAAAAUGUAGGGGGAAGAAAAGAAAAAAAAUAAUGAAAUUGAUUCAAAAGCACCUAAAUACAUGCAACCUUAAAAUAAAUCAUAAGGAAAUUAUGAAGAGCGGAAAAUUAUAUGUGGAGGGGAAAAUAAAUGUAAGGGCAUUAGUCUCUUUUAGAUGCUAUUCUGAAGACUUAAUUAUUGGUGAGCAUUAUUUUAAAAUUAAAAACAUGUUAUAUGAAAAUGAAAAUGUAAGUUACUGUUAUGAAAAUCUUUUUCAUUCUAUUUAUGCCACAUCUUUUUUACAUGAAGAGAGUGAUAGGGAGAAGGAAAUGAUAAUGAAUGACGAUCAGAUUGUAGGAAAUAAAAAAGUCCGGUCUUCUGAAUGUCUACUAUAUGAUGAUCCUAUUAAACGAAACUGUAUGCAAAUGGUUGCACUAUCAGGUAGAGAAGAAUUGUCAUUACAGAGUGUAGAAGCAGACGAGGGAAUAGAGCAACAACAAAGUGCAAAUGAUAGCAUUGGUGUUAAUCCAGUGGUUAGUGUUGAGUUGAUUAAAGGGAUUAAAGAAAAGAAAGUUAUAGGGUAUAUAUUAUAUCAGUACGAAAUAAAGGAAGAAAAAACAGAAGAGAAAAGUAAAAAGACAAGUGAACAGACGAGUGAAAGGACAAAUGAAAAGACAAAUGAAAAGACAAGUGAAAAGACAAGUGAAAAGACAAGUAAACAGACAAGUGAAAAGACAAGUAAACAGACAAGUGAAAAGACAAGUGAAAAGACAAGUGAAAAAACAAAUGAUACGUGUAGCCGAAAAAGGAUGCAAUAUUCCCUACCGAACUUUAUAAAGAUAUAUUUUAUAAAAUGCAAUAAAAAUAAUAUAAAUCAGUUAAAUGAAACAAAUGAAAUCUGGCAUAAAACAAUAUUUGAAAGAAUGUUUAGUGAUAUAUUGAGAAAAGUACAUUAUAGAAAAUAUGUAAAUAUAAAUAUGGUUAUAAAGUGUUUGAAAGAAUCCAAGUAUUAUUAUAGUUAUAUAAACUACCUUAACAAGUUUUUCAGCCAUUUUGAUGAUUUUGAAAAUUCGCUAUAUUUCCCUUUAGAAAAUAUACUACUGAUACUAGCACUGAGAAAUUUGUCCUUUCAUUUUGUUAACUCCCUUAACUACUUUUUUGAAGAAAUUCAAAAAUAUUUUCUUAAUGUAAACGAGCUAGGUAUAGUCGAGUGGUCCUACUUGCUCAAGUGCGUUCUGAAAUCACAAAGUAAGUUUCUACAAAGGGAAAAACGGAAGAAGAAACGCGCACGAAAUGGGGGAAGAACUAGUGCCAUUUGGGGAGAAAAAAGCGGAAGACAGUAUGGUAGUAGAAAGCACGACGAAAAGGAAAGAUCUAUGUGGUUAGGUAGCAGAAACGAGACGAAGAAUUUACCCAUUUUGUCGGAAAAGUCUAAGUCCAGCUAUAUCACAUCUGUAUCAUCUAUCUCUUCUGUAUCAUCCAGUACCCCGUUGUACACUUUCACUGAGGCGAGCACAGAUGACAGUUCCGUGUUAUUUGGAAAGAAGCAAGAUAUAAGAGGAAAACGACAAAAUAGAAGACCAAGUAGGGGAAGGUUCAACAAAAAUAUUCUAAAUGAAAAAGAUUGGUGCUUGCUAAAUAAUCGGGAUAUGUGGCACUUGCACUAUGAUGGUAAGAAUUACUUUUAUCUUCCCCUUUUUUUAAACGACAUAGUAAUGUUUUAUGGGGAGAGUAACAAUAAGUGCAAUAAAGGUUGUAGUAAUAAAUACACAAAUAAUGCCACUAAUAGGUGUAAUAGAUGUAAGAAUCGUAAUGAUAAUAAUAACGAUUAUGUUUUAAAAAAUUUAGAAGAAUGCACCGAAUUUUCCAUGCUCAACAAUCGUUCCCACGUUAUGAAGAAGGUGCCUUUUGCGCAAAAUAAAAAUUUUAACGAUAUGAAUGCAGUCCGUAAAUAUUGUUCAGGUAAAGGGAGAGGUAGUCACACGAGAAACGUUUCCCAGGUAGAAGGAAAAUUAGGAAAUCGGAAAAAAAGGAAUGAGAAAAGAAGGGAAGACAGAUCUGAAGGAAGACAAGAAGAAAAAACACAUGAUUAUCAAAAAUUAUGUUUAAUACCCCGUGGGAAGUAUUUCCCAUUGAAUGGGUACCCAUAUUGCAUUCAUAGACAUAGAAAAAGAAAUCAUAGUAGCACAAAUGAAUGUAAAAAUUUUAACAGUGAAAUUAAUAAAGAUUUAUCAUUACUCCGAGUUUAUAAUAUGCAAGAAGACAACAUGGACCACUCAACAUACAGUUAUAUAAAAAAUAAAUGUAACAACAACUCAAGUGGAAUUGCUAGAAGGAAUAUAUUAUUACCUAUGGAAGAAGGGUUGACUAAGGGUAUGUUUAGGGACUCUUCUCACAUUUUAAAUGGACACAGGAAAAAAACUUCGAUAUACCAGUACAACUUGUUGAACAAGACAGAUGAGGAGGUAUAUGCUACAAAUGAAUCAUAUGAAUCAUAUGAGAUGAACAAUAUGAAUGCAAAUUUUAAGGAAAGCGGGGCGCAAGAUUACAAAAGAAUAAAAGAGUUUACCAUGCGGGAAGAUGGAACAAAGCAGAAGGGAAUAAGUGUUCUACUAAAACAGAGAAGUGGUACAUCUGAAAUAUUAGCAAGAAGAACGAAAUUUGUAAGAAAGUCCAAAAAGAACAACAACGAGAUGAACAACAAUGUAGAUUUGAGUUACAAAUAUAAUAUAUAUGUAAAAGCGAAGAAGAUAUUGCACCCAAUCCCCUUGAUUAAUCAUAAAAAACCUAACAUAUUUUUAUCCUUCCAAAUAGUUUUAAAUAAUUAUGAUUUUAUAAAUAAAAAUGAUCUAUUCCCAUUUAUUAUAAAUAAAAAAAAAAAAUUUAUAAUAAACAAGGUUCAAGCAACAAGUGAUAUAUUUUUUAAUGGUUCCUAUUCUUUGUUGAAUACUUCUUUCAUGUUGAACUUACCCACUAGAGAAGAAUUAAAAAAAAUAUUUCGUAUGGAGUCAGAUUCAACUUUUGAUGAUUUAAAUUUUUAUUUACAUAAUUUAUCUUUGCAAAUAUGUUUUUAUCAUAUUCCUAAUGGUAUGCCAGACAGGGGGCAUGAUGCCUUCAAUUACAAUGACUGUUCAGGUGUAACGUCUAUCAAUAGCAUAUGUAGAAGCAGAGAUAAUAUGCUUAUGGGUCGGACUGAUUAUGAUUACAGUUCAAGGAAGUUGCACAAGGGAAAAAAGGAAAAAAAGAAAGAAAAAUAUGAAAAAAAUGGAGCAGUGCUAAUUGCCACGGCAGUAAUCCCCCUAAGUGUUCUUUCGAGAAAAAACAAAACGAAAGUGACAGCUCCUUUAGUUUUUUCCCCAUUUUUUACUACACCCAUUGAAAAGAAUGAAGUUCAAGUUGUUCUUAAAUAUGAUAAGAUGAGCACAAUCAAAUCGAUUAAUCGGAUAUUACCAAGAGAAUAUUCGUCAUAUCAAAUGAAUGGGAAAAUUGAUGGAGGGAGAAAUGGUACUACUACAUCUUCUGUGCGAAAUAUAAAGGGGUCAAAAGAAACUAAUCAACAUAAAGAUAUGAACGAAAGGAGUAGUGGGACUGAUACAUCUAACGUACCAAAAAAGACGUAUACUCCAAGUCAUAACGUAGAUCAUAACUUCAUUAACUUAGAAGAGCAAAAUAAAUGGGAGCACGUGGAUUUAUCAAACAUUCCUUUGUUAACGCUUCCCAAAAUACCACCACCUAUAUUGUAG